GAGGUGUAGGAGAAGAUGCAUGCAACCUUCAGCCGCGAACUUCCUAAAGCGGAUGGCCCAAGGUGCUGCGUGGGCUCCACCGAGCUGGGGAGGCGACUGCCCAGAGACCGCUCCGUCAGACCAGCUCCGACUGCAGUCAUGUUCCGGUUAAUAGCAUUAAGCUUACUAGUGGGCGUUGCCCUUGGUAAGCCCCAGGGGGAUCCGUGCCACCCCAGUCCUUGUGGUCCUUACACAACAUGUUCUGUCGGAGGAAACGGAGCUGCCGUCUGCCGUUGCCUGCAAGGAUACUUCCCUCAGCCGAACACGAUUGUCGGUUGCAGCGCUCAGUGCGUCAAUGCUCAAGACUGUGCCCACGACCAGCAGUGCAAGCAUGGCAAGUGCGUCAACUCGUGUGUCGAUUCGCCCUGCGGCCGCGGCGCCGAUUGCCGCGCGCAGAGUCACAGGGCCGUCUGCAGCUGCCCUCAUGGAUACGUCGGCGAUCCCCUCAUCUCGUGCACUCCCAAGCCUGAGGAACGCAUCUUGCAGCGCAUCGAGGUCGACCCGUGCACGCAGCGAAGCGCUUGCGGCGUCAACGCCGAGUGCCGCAACGUGGGCGGACGUCCCGUGUGCUCCUGCCUUCCGGGUCACGCCGGAGACCCGUACAGCCAGUGCCGCAGAGGAGAGUGCGCCGGUGACGACGAGUGCCCCAGCAACCGCGCCUGCCGCAACUACCGCUGCGUCAGCCCGUGUGACGGAUCCUGCGGACACAAUGCCGACUGCGAGGUGCGCAGCAGAGUCGCCAUCUGCAAGUGCCUGUCCGGCUAUGUUGGAGAUCCAUUCACUUCUUGCAGGAGAUAUAAUCCCAAUGAACUGUGUGAGCCAAGCCCUUGCGGUGCCAACACCGACUGCCGCGUGCAGAACGACCGUCCCAUCUGCACGUGCAAGCCCAGCUUCCAGGGCAACCCUCUGAGCGGAUGCAGACACGAGUGCGAGUCGGACUACGAGUGCGCCGCGUCGCAGUCGUGCCGCGACUACCGCUGCCAGAGCACCUGUUCGCCCGGAGCCUGCGGCGAGGGCGCCAUCUGCGAAGCCAUCAACCACCGCGCCUCGUGCAAGUGUCCAGAGCACUACCUCGGCAACCCCAGCACCCGCUGCUACCCUGAGUGCACGCAGCAGAGCGAGUGUCCCAACCACCAGGCCUGCGUGAACCUGCGCUGCGUCGACCCGUGCGCCGGUGUUUGCGGAAUCAACGCCGACUGCAGAGCUACCAACCACAAAGCCAUCUGCUCCUGUCCCAAGACCAUGACCGGCGAUCCCUUCGUCAGGUGCCGACCCUUCGAGAAAGUUGACCUAUGCCAGCCAAACCCUUGCGGAACCAACGCUCGCUGCACCCCCGGCCACGACAGAAGCGGCAAGGAACGCCCAGUGUGCACAUGCCCACCCGGCUUCCUGGGCGACCCCCUGCACCACUGCCGUCAGGGUGAAUGCCUCACCUCCGAGGAAUGCCCCUCGAACAGAGCCUGCUUCGAGAACACGUGUAUGAAUCCGUGCACCCGUCUGCACUGCGGCUCCAACGCCAACUGCGAGGUGCGCAACAGGGUGGCCGUGUGCAGCUGUCCUGCGGGCUACUCUGGCGACCCGCUGCACAAUUGCUACGCCAAUCCGCAGAGGGGAUCUAGGUACUACAAAAAGUAGAACAUGGAACUGAGGUCAGGGCUGCUCUAGCCGUGCCCACCGUGCUUUGGCUGAGGAUUUGGGGAAAAUUUCGAAUUAUUUCUUGUGGAAAUUGUGGUGACUGGGUUUCUCAACUAUCGAAAAGAAAAAGCGCUAAAUUAAUGUUCCUCGUAUAAAACGAUGCAAUGGAUGAUUUUUGUCCAUGAACAUCGUUGAUGAUGGAUUUCAUAUUUUAAUAGGCGAAAAAGAAAUCUGCUGCGCUAACUAUAACGAGAAGAAAAAUUUCAGAAUGAAACCAAAACGAAAAAGUUUAUAAACUCAUCUCACACAUAUGCUGGUUCUCGCAGCAUAAAAAUCACGUGGUUAAUAAACAAACGAAAUAGUUCAUUAAAUAAAAUCAGUGUACUUUUCUAAUUUGUAAGAAAUAAAAAAGAUCACAACAAA